CGCCGAUAGCAUCGCGACGUCAACGUUUGACUGUUUUUUCGCUCAGCGCCGCGAAGUUUUCGAAAGUUUUUGUUCGCCGGAAAGUUUUUCAGUGCGACAAUCGGUACCUGUUGGAUUAUGCUAUUGGGGUUUUGAGUAUUGUGUGUGUUUUUGGUGAGAGUGUCAUGAAACGAAAUGUGUUCGACAUGAAACGGUAAAGAUUGGUGGGGUGUGAGUGGUGAUUUUUCUCAAAAACGUUAUCUACGCCGUAAAGUUUUACGAGAGGACAUUGAAAAUACAUUGAAGAACAUACUUUUUUCUUUUUUCGGGAGGAAUGAUCGUGCACAAACAUGCAGAAACAACGCAGGGAGUUGGGACUAAAACGAUUUUGGUCAGCGGUAAAAACGUCUAACAGCAGCAGUUCGCAGGGAGAUCACGAUUCGCCUCCCGAGGAUGCAAAACGUGGCCCCAAUUGCUCGUUACCUUUGUUACAGGUAUGGCCGAGUUCGGAUUCGCCACGAGGCGAAGCUGACGGGCAAAGUUUCGUGUUUCCCGAAUUCGCCGACGACAACGUUUCGCAACACUCCACUUGUCUGGAUGCCAUCCAUCACACGGAUUCGGGCAUUGAAUCUACGCAAGUCUCACCAUUACCGCCGCCGAUUCCAACGUCUCCAAUCGCUUCGCCGACUCCUAGUCUUCGACGUCCCAGCACCUCCUUACUUCAUCCGGACCAUGCCAGACUGUUCAGGUUGUACAACAUAUCCUCGCCGGAGCAAACCUCCAUGGAGGACAUAUCGGAACCGCAACAAAUCUUAAACAACCAUCAAGCGUCCUUGUCAUCUUCCACUACGUCUUCACUGACAUCAAUUGCAGCAGGUGUGAUGCAAUGCAAUUCGCUAGCCAGCAACUCUUCAGACAGCAGACGUAGAUCCUCCUCAAUGACAGCAAGGUACUCACUCUUCGACGCUCUAGAUCUAGAGUACGCCCUUUUGCGUGCCGCCGCUAGAGGCAGCGUAGGCCCUUACUCUCUCAGCGAAAGCAUACACAAACUGACUUUCACUCAAAGUCUAGCUUUCCCAGCUCUGGCCAGAGGACUGGCCGGGAAACGUCGACGAUCGCACCAAAACAGUACGGCGAGACCUUUGGACACUGCCGACAGCGGUUUGAACGCUUUCGCUAAAGUGAUAACGGUGCUAGUGCUGGUACUAGUAAGCGUACUUGUGUUCGCUGUAGUGUACAAGUUUGUGAGGACGUGAGGGUUGCUUCUUGCUCCGGGCGGGGCAAAAAACAAUAAGUUUAUUUUAGCUAGGAAUUCGAGUGCAUAUCGUGGAAGCGAGGGAUUUACGUAAAGAGUCUAUUGAAUAUUAGGACAAAAAAACUUGGAAUCAAAACAAAAAUAAAACCAAAGUUCCUUUUAAGAAGCGGAAUUGUUUGUCUUAAUAUUAAAUAAACACGGAUUUGAUUGAAUAUACAUAAAGCUAUUUUAAUAAUGUGAUGCUUUGUUGUAAACUAUAUUAAUUUGUAAUAUCUAUAUAUGGUCCAAAAUUGAUUGGGCUCAACUUUGUGAUAGUUAUAUAAGGAAUACAACUUUUUAACAAGUAUUAUUGAUCUACAGGAUGGCACUUAAUUGGGAAUACUCUUUGUAUUUUUUUCAAGUUGAAACACAAUAGUACAUUAAAAUACAAGUUUCAUAAGACGUCAUUUUAUCGCACGAGCCCUAUAUUAGAAAACGAGCCGGAGGCGAGUUUUCUAAAGGACGAGUGCGAUAAAAUGUCUUAUGAAACGAUUAUUUUAUACUAUUUUUUCUAUUUUGGUAUUGUUUAAUUAAAAAAACCAAAUUUUUCUUGGAAAUUUUAUUCUCAUAUUUCGUUUUCAUAUAUUUAGGUUGGUAACACUACAUGCCAAAUAUAGAAAUCUUCUAUUAUAAAAUCGCGAAUGACAGUUCGAUGGCCAUCAGUCAGCCAGUGUUACCAACCUCCGAUAAGUAAAAAAGGAGUGUCACAAAGAGCUUCUUUUCGAAACUAGUUUUAGUGUCGAAAAGACUUCGAUAUAACACCAAAAUAGAAAAAAAGAGUAUUGGUACGAUUAUCGUUCAUCCACGAUUAAUUAAUCAGUAUUGAAUAUCAAAAAAAGUAUUUUUAAAACUGCUAUAGGUAGAUAUAUUUCAAUUGGGUUUGUUUUAUAACAUUUGUGUUGCUUCAAAUAAUUCAUAAAAUUUUAUUAUUUCCCCUGCUCUACUUAUACAAGCACAAGAAGCGCACAUUUAUAAUUUUUGUAAUAAGGAUGUUGUUAUAUUUUUUUAUGCUCACAAUACUAUUAAUAUAAACUUCUAAUUAUUGUAAUAUUUGUAUUUUAAGAAAAAAAAUUGUUAUUAAUGGUAUAAAUGUAUCU